UUCUACUGUCAAUGGUUAAUCUUAAAAGAAGAAGAAAAGUGCAUAAAUAUUCGACAUUUAAUUAGUAGAAUAAAAAUAAUCAAUUCUGUUUUGCUGCUUUUAUAUAAAUACUGCAUGACCUCUACAAUACAGGAAUGUGUGAUGUUGAAUCGUGGGACUGUAGACAAGUGGACAAUAAGAGAACAACUAUGUUUAGCAUCUGCGGUAUCAUGCAGUGGCGAUCAGAAUUGGGUGUCAGUUAGUCGUAGUCUUAAACAUCUUUGUGGAGAUGGGACCGUAAUGCGUCCUAUUGACUGGUUCUCCGAAAAAAACUGUGCUGUGCAAUAUGGAGUGUUGGUAGAAAACUUAGAGACGCCGGAAUGUAAAAAACUAUCUUAUGAUAGCUCCAGCCGCGUCUCCCCUCCCGUUGCCGAAGAUACUUCAUCAGAACUUAUUCGUCGGUUAAAUGAAGAGCGUCAACAAGAGUUAAAGGCAGAAAUGCGGAAGGAACAAGAAGAAUUUGCGCAAAUAUUCAAAGAACUGAAAGCAUUGCAGUCGGGAAUUCUUAAUGAAGAGCAAUUACGUGAGAUGUGGUGUGAUAUUGAACUCCAGCAAGAGCAGGAGCGUGUUGAAGAAAUGAAGUUCGAAAAUCAAAUGCGGGAAAGAGAACAACAAAAACCGGAAAUGCAAUGUAAUUGGCGUAAGUUAUCACCGGUUAAAACUAAUUCUGUUUUAACAGUUCAACGUACGAAUGACACAACUUCAGUGGACAUGGAUGUGGAAGAUUUGACUGGCGCAUCGAACAACGAACAAAUUUCUACUAGUUUCAAUCAAACUAAACAAAAACAACAGUCUGCACAGACGGGUAUUUCACCAUUAUUAUCAUCUUUAUUAAAAUCACCCACUCCUGGAACUAGUUCGCCAACAACAAUCUCCACAAACACAUCAGCUAGUUCCGCAAAUAACUGCGCGCGUUCAUCCGCACCCACCAUAACAACACUCUUAACUUGUGGGUCCAUACCGAAUAAAAACCAACCUGCGAUUACCUUAAAAUCGAGUAUACCACCACAAAAGGCUGCACAAUUGCUAUCGAGUCCAAUUAGCGGGCCACCAUCAAUAACGUCAGUGCCCGUUACAAGCAUUACGGGACAAAAUUUAUUGAGUCCUUCACAGGCUGCUCCCACUCUUUCUAUGUUGUUAGAAAGGAAUAAGACACUCGCAAUUACGGUAACAAAUACCGAAACUCGAAAUGCAGAAAUACCCAAGACAGGACUUGAUAGAGUUGAUCAGUCCCAAAUAAAUGAAAACCCAAAUGAAGUAUCUGAUUCUAACAAUGAUGAAGUCCCAAUGGAACUUGAUGAAGAUAUAACCACUCAUUUGAGUGAUUGUAAUGAAAAUAGAAACAACGAACAUGAUUCUGAUGAACCCGAUCCUAACGAGGAGCAACAGUUGCUAGAGGUUUUCAAAAACAUUGGGAACAUUGAUGAAUUGGAUAUUGAUGUAUCUGCAGUUAUAGAUGGUGAAGAAGUCGAUUUUCUCAAAGACAUGGGUGCUGAUUCUCCGAAUGAUAUGAGGCACGUCGAAGAUUUUGAGAAUAAAGAAGUAACGUCUGUGUCAAAAAUAACGAAUGUACUAGAAAAUACAGUAGAGGAUGACACAAGAAAUAAUGAAUUAAAUAUCGUUGAUGAUGAAGAGAUAUCUGCCAAAGAAGUAAUUAGCCGUGUCGAGGAAACUAAUCCAACCAUAAAAAAUGUAGAAACGAAUCAACGGAAGAUAGAAACAACAUCAAGUGAUGACUCAAAUGACAACAUACCAUUAGCUGCCGUAGCUUCACUGGAACAAAGAGCAGUAAAUGAGAAAGUUGUGUUCAAAGAGAAGGUAGCUUCAGAAAUCAAGAAUUUAUACCAAGAAGAUGGUAUUGAGUCCAGUAAAAAAUCAGACGCUCAAGAAAUCAAAACACUACAGGCGACUUUCGAAGAAGGUAAUAAGGAACAUGAUAAGCUCGAACAACAGUUGGCCGAUUUGGUGGGAGAAAACGAUGGCGAUGACACAAAAAACUUCAACGAAGACGAAAAGUCAGCCGCAGCAAGUGAAUGUUCUGAUGUGAUAGUCAUUCCAACCGAUGAUGAUGAUUCUAAUGGUCAAAGAGAUAAACAAAGGGUGGACAAAUCCAAAGUAGACGAAGAAGCAGAAAAAAUUAAAAAGGAAUUAGAAAACGAUGUAGUGACUCCAGAAGGGGCGAAAGAUUCCGCGGAGCACGAGGAGGAAUUGCCCGAAGUUUCAAGUAAUAUUCCACGUACUGAUCAAAAAGUAAAUGGACCUAUAGCACCGACUAUAUCUAUAGCUGAUACCGACGAGGAAUCUUCUACUACAGACAUAAGUUUUGUUAAUCGAAAAGAUGAUAACAUAACUUCAAAUAAGCAAAGCGCUGUCCAAGCUCGCAGAAGUUUAAUUGACCAAAAUCGUCAAGAUCAACAAAGUAAAACAGAUGACGAAUGUACGACGCAAUUCUCUUCAUCUUCAUCGUCAUCCGUUGCCCCAGCACGUCCGCCAAUGUUACGAAAAUUACGUGAUCGCGAUCGAUCCGAAAGUCCCAUGAUCGAUGGUGAGGUUCAUCCUUCAAACAAUAACGCCAGCGCAUCGACUUUAGACAACUUUGGUAGCCAACGGCUUCGGAGGCGAUACUCUUCUACACCUAUUAACGAUAGCGUACCCAAUUCGCCGGCUUCAAGCGAUCGAGAUCGGGAAGAACCAGAAACACGUGUUUCCAAAAAGUCCUUACUAAGUAUUUUCCAUGCGCUACAAUACAGUAAAAACGCAAAUGUUCUGCAGCGCUCCUUUAACGAAGAUGUUCAAUUUAAUGAAAUUUGUUUGCGACCAAUAGAUAUGGUCUCCAUCAGAAAAUGCAUUGAAUCCGGCACCAUACGUAAUGUCAGCGAGUUGCAACGCGAUAUCAUGCUAAUGUGUCAGAAUGGUUUGAUGUUAUUUAAGCAGGAUACCAGUGGAUUCAAUGCAGCUAAUGCUUUCAUGCUGGAAUGCCAAGCUAUGCGCGAAUUCGUUGCAAAUACGGGAAUCACAGACACCAAUGUACCAGUAAAAGAUAACAAGGAAGGAAAUAAAUCUUUAAAUAUGAGUGGAACAAGCUCUAAAUCUCGGAGUGGUUCUAGAAAGAGCCAACGCAUCUCCUAAUAAUAGAAUUCUUAUUGACUUACUACGCAUAAAUUUACAUUUGAUAUAGACAUUAUAUCCCAUUAAUUUGCAUAAAAUAAUAUCAAUAAUUUACCAAAUGUUGAACAUGAA